AUGGAAUCCCUGCAAGAAAAACAGCCGGCGAUUAGCGAAACCACGGCGUUGACAGGAGACGAUUUUUACGCGGAAGAUGGAGAAGAAACGGUGUCGUCUUUGUGCUGUGGAAAUUGUUUUCAAGGAUUUCGGUUAAGAUGGCGGAGAAGAGGUGGCAAAAACAACGAUGGCGGACAUAGAUACGAGCCUUAUCAUCAACAAGAUCAGGAGAAGCAAGAGAGCUGGUUGAUCGGAAGAGUGAAGAAGGUAAAGGAGUUAUCUGAGGUAGUUGCAGGACCGAAAUGGAAGAAUUUUAUUAGAAGGUUUAGCCAUCACGGGAUCCAAAGCAAGAAGAUCAGGAAGAUGCAGUUUCAAUAUGAUCCUCAAAGCUAUGCUCUAAACUUCGACGAUGGAAUGUGA